AAGGCGUCCAGAGGAGGAACUUACUGGGACACAAAAGGGAACUGUGGCUGCCGGCAGGGGCCAGAGCCUCAAGUGAGCUAAAGAGGAAGAAAGACUUUGAUGAAGUGUCCCAUUCACAGCGGCUGCUGCUGCCUUGGAUGGAGAGCUGGUUUCCACGGUGUGGGGCUGGGAUGGGAUGCCUGCAUCCUCCCAGCUGCCUCCCAGCUUGGUGGUUCCUCCGUUUGCUGCUGGUGCCCUGGACCCUGCAGCUAGCAGGAGGGAUAUCAGUGACCCACACCGGCCUCCCUAUCAUGGUCUCUCUGGCCAACACGGCUGUCUCCUUUAGCUGCAGAAUCAACUACCAGGACACCCCACAAUUCAAGGACUUCACCUUUAGCUUCUUUCAUGAGGAUCUCCAUGGCAAGAGAAGUGUGGAGAAGCCAAUUGACUGCAAACACAGCCCUGGCGCGGAGAACCAGACCCUGGAUUGCGAGGUUAAACUCAGCCUGCCAGAUGCAUCGGCCACAGGCACUUACUACUGCUUAGUCCAAGGGCACAUCUCAGUGCAGGGCAGCGGCACCUUCAUUCUGGUCAGAGACACAGCAUACCACCCACCUUCGUUCAAGCGCCAGGAGGCCCUGCUGUUCAGUUUUACCGGCUUGCUGGGUACCCUGAGUGUGUUGGGCACAGUUCUACUGCUUUGGAAGAAGAAACAGAUGUCAGUCCUGGGCAAGCAUAUUACCAGGACUUGCCCCGGUCCCAAAUCCACCGGCGGAGCCACAAAGCCUCCGGCAGAAUCCAUCUACACGGGUCUACAGCCCCGAGAGACAGAGGUCUAUGACUGCCUCGAAGGAGAGACUGGCAGCCCUGUCUCCAGCCAAAGUCCUCCCUCCAAGGAGAAACGGAAUAGGUUUGAGGAAGACAAUGAAUUUAACCUCGUCUAUGAAAAUCUCUAGGAGACGUUCCAUAAGUCCUGAGCCUUCUCUUGGAUUAGGGACCCAGAGCCACUUCCCUUGUCCGAGGACAUGAUCUGGGCCGGGAACAGGGCCCAUAGACCAUACCAUCACCUGGACAUUCAGGCCUCUCCCUGCCUUGGCCUGACCUACUCUCCCAGCCUUCCUGCCAUCCUGUAGUUCACAUCUCUGGGCUUUCACCCAGCCUUCUCCUCCAUCUAGAGAGCCAUUCUUCCCCUGACCCUGUGGGCAAAGGGCGCCUCAGUCCCCCCUCCUCCCCGGGCUCUUUUGUCCACCACCUCUUUCCCCCUUCAUCCUUUACUGCCAUCCCUACAGAGCUGUGUACAGGGCUCUCUUGGCACGGGUCUCCAUCUGGGCCCUGAGGCAGAUCAGGGCUGUGCCCAGCCACUGAGCCGAGUUCCCUGCUCAUUCAGCCCAAAGGCACAAAUUCACAGCCAGGCAUGGUGGCUCAGGCCUAUCACUGCAGCCUUCAGGAGGCUGAGUAGAAGGAUCAGAAGGAUCGCAGUGAACUCAAGGCCAGCCUGGGCUACACAGUGAGAUCAAUGCAAUGAAUGACUGCCUGCCACAUACUGGGUGGAGCUGGGAAACGGUGUAGCUAAGGAGAAAUGAAGAGUGGGCAGCGAAGAACUGCACAAAAGCUGGCUGGGUCCAGGGCCGGAUAUAGAGGCUUAGGAUAUGGCAAGUGGCGGUGAACCAGGGCCCGGAGCAGGGAGGUUCCACACAUACUGGUGAGAAAGGGAAGUCUGGCUUGCUUAGGGUAACUCCUUUCCCCCAACAAGAACCCCUUGCUGAUUUCCCACCAGCCUGUGUGGGCACUCACCUCACUGUGCCUACUGCCCUUGGCUCUCCAGGCCUCUUCCUUGCUCUACCCUAAGACCCAGCUCCCCCAAAUCCCUUCCUUGUGGCCUCUUCUGGCCCCACCACCCGUGCUUCAUCCUAUUUCCCUCUGUCUUUAUUUAUUUGCUUUUGGCCCAUGGAGACCAGCCUAGCUGUCUGCAUGUGUGACUCUGUGUGACUUGCACUCUGCUUUUCGGGGUAGGUGGGCAGGCGGGUCUCUGUGCUGAAGAAGCUCAAACCGGGGUGAACAAAAUGAACUUCAGCUUUUCUGCCCCCUCCCCCACCAGAAAUUCAUUCAAGGAACCCCUCAUUUCAUCCUCCAGGCAGCUCUGCAGUAGGGAAUCCAUCUCCUUGGAAGACAGGGACUGAAGGUCUCUGUGUCUGGGCUGCAGGGAUCGUUUCUCACCCUUCUUCCCUCCUUUGCCUGCCUCUCCUUUGCCUUUCCCAGACUCAGUUUAUCUGUGAAACGGACAGACCAAUCUACUUCCCCUGCUUUCUAGGCUACUUCAAAAGUCCCUGGAAUGUUCUCAUUCCAAAGCCUGUGCACACCCAGGGGACGUGGAGGUAUCCGUGUGCAGGCACCUAGCCUGGACCCAGCAGUACUGAACCAUCUCCCCUCAGGCAGCACCUUCUGUUCUGCAAGUGAGACCCUCCUUGGAGGAAUAGAAAGGCUAGAGCGGAAGACAAAGGCUGAUCUCUGGAAGCCCACUGUGCCCCUGGGUAGUGGCACCAGGCUUUUCUGGGCCCAGUGGCCAGCAACCUACAAGCCUGGUUCUAUCGAGGCCCACUGUGUGAACAUCCAACAAGCAAAGCUCCUCAUGGACUGGGUUAAGUGAAGGCCUGUGCUCCCCAAGGCUGGCUUAAUGAGUUCCUGGUCUUGUGGAGGAGGGAAACUGUGUGGUACAGAGCUGUCCCCAGGCUCCUGACUCCCGCAGCCUGAGAGGAAGGUCAAUGCUGGGGUGGGAACUGCAGUCAGUAAACACUUGGCUGCUACUUCCCCCGCAUCCUGAGCUCUAUGACCCAUCUCUGGACUCUCUGACUGGGACUCAGGUUUCCCCUGCCCUUUCUCAGAGAGUGAGGAAGCCUCGUGUGAAUUCACAUGGUGCCCUGGCUGAGGACCCAGCACCCAGGCCUCCCAGAAGUCCCCAGUGUUCCCACUGCCUCUUCCCUAUAAAGAAGCUGAGGGGAUCUGGCAAAACCUACUUUGUUUUUGUCCCUUGCCUGUGAAAAGCCUUCUGUGGCUUCUACUUCGCUUGCAAUAAAGUCUCAGCUCCUUACUGUGGCUGAGGAUCUGUGGAAGACUGACCCAUUGCCCUCCCGGGAACACAGACAUUGCCAGAGUGGUGUGAUGGCUGAGGUCUGGUUGUGGCAAAAAACGGUCACAAGGUUGAGGGGCAGGGCUUACGAAGGGCUCUAUUGGUCAAGAAUCGAGUCUGGGAAGGGAAGGAGAAGAAAAAGAAGAGGAGGAAGAAAAGGAAGUUGUAGGGUUCAGGGUGGGACCUAAUAAGGGGUUCCCACAUUAGGGACAGUUAGGGAAGAGUAUUUUGUGUCUCCCAGUAGUCAACAAAGAAGGCCGAGCACCCACCCAAGCCUAAGAGCCUGGAGAGAGGAGCUGGUGCAAGGAUGAAGGAUGCGGAUGGCAAGGAUGAAGGAGGAGGAGAGGGGCCCUUGAAUGUGAACCCCUUGGGGACAGGCCUUGAAUGGGAAGGGAGAGGAGAGGCACAAGACCUCCCUUAGGACCCAGCUCCACCUCCUAGCAGCAACUCAGACUCGAUUAAGUCACUACCUGCCUGCCUGAGCCUGGGUUUCCAGGGACAAUCCAGACCACUCAGGGUGUAGUGGACAGACAGGGAGGUCCCCAGGCCCUGCCGAGUAUGUUUCCUUGAUUCAAACUGCUAGGGCAAUGAUUGAGAGCAGACAGACCUCCUCAGAAAACAGAAGCAUCCUUCUCAGGAGGCAGAUUAGGGCUUCUCCAGCUACAGGGGAUUGGAGGUGGGUAGCACAGGGAGCGAGGCAGAGGGGAGGUGGUUCCUGGGUCUAGCAGCACCCCCAGAAGGGGCUCAGCUGGGAGGUACUUGAGAGAGGAUGGCUGAAUGGGGAAGGUAAAGAGGAGCCUGGGCUCUUGGAGGAAGGCUGAUGUGACCGUCUCAUUGGUGGAGCUAGUCCUUGCCCCCACCUGGAGGGAUUUCCACGCGCUCUUCUGGCCUAGGCUGCUGACUCUCUGAGGUCUUUUCACCCGGUAGCUUCUUCAGAGCCUUAGGACAUCAGAUCACUUCAAGGGACCCUCUACAACUUCCCACCUUCAGCUUCUCCCAAGAGUUGUAAAUGGCUGGAAGUUGACAGCCCUGCCCGACCCCGACCCCUCAGUUGGCUCCAGCUGUCCACAACCUUUACAAAAAAAAGCAUCUCGAGAAACCAAACCCAGGAAGUUGGUACAGGAGCUGUGCCCCCACCCCCAGAAAAAAAAUUUCCAGAGGAUUCUGUGCAGCAGUUUCCAUGGGAACAUGUGCUUGUUAUCAGUGAUGCUUAGUGGGGCUAGAGUGUCCCUCACAGCCACCAUCACAGGACUUUAGUGGGUGGGUGCAGCUGGGGGCAUCGUUAGUUCUUUGGCCCUUAGCUCUCACUAACCUGAAAUCGAGUUACAGGCAAAACCUGCCUCUUUCCCCCUCCUCCAUCUAAUUUAAAGGCCAUGUUCCAGCCUAAGGAUGCCUCUGGGACUUCAGGGAUGGAUUUUUAUGUAGUUCAAUAGUUUUCUUGGCACACAGCUCUUCCGGGAGAGGUGGGCCAUUGCCUCGGCCCAGCCAAGCUGAGUGGCAUCAAUCUGUCCCUCCUAAAUGCCUGGGGAUGUCAUUUGCCCACUGGAGGGGCUUCAGCCCUGAACGGAGACUCCAGCACUGGAGAUGUCGACAUGAGACUCUGUGAACCUUGCCGGCUCCUCCUUGAACCGUGGUUAUAAUUAUGGCCCCCGAGCCUUGAUUGAGCCCUGGCUAAGUGCUGCUUUCUGCGCUUGGCAUUGAAUUUUCGCUGUGAAUACAAGCAGGUGUCGCAGACACAGAGUGUGGUAAAACAUUUAAACUCCAGCAAGGUGAAGUUUGCUCUGAUGCACCCGCCACCUCCCCGCUGCCAUCAGAAGCCCCUCCCUAGAGAUUGCAGCCAGGCUAUUGGGAAGGCCUUUCUCUCUGGCUAAUCACAGCCGUGUAUUUGGAUGGAUGAAGUGCAGGGCGUUCGUGGGAGAGCUCUGAAGAGCUUGUGCCGUCGUUCUGUAGGUGUUUGCAUUGGCUUGGCUCGCAAAGCCCCACGUGGGGAUCUGCCCAAGACAGCGUGUGGAUGCUGCCAGACUCUAAUUACAGCGGAGGACUCACAGGACGGAUGGCCCUAAUUUAAUCGGGGCCCCUAUCAAUGGCCUCUUCAGCUGUUUCCGAUUUUUCAACCUCUGUGUAAGGUAUUUCAGGGAACGUCCUCCACUCCACCACCUGGACUGCACUUGCUGAACCUUCUCUCUGUGGGAAAUGAUGGAAAGAGACCCCUGGGGGCUCCCAGUGGGAAGGGGUCUUCUUUCAACAGGCACUCUCAGGCAUGGAGGUUGUACUGGUAUUUUUGUCUCUGGACUUUUUUUUAUCGGCAACACCUCAUUCUGAAAACAGACCUGGUCAGGAGAAUGUUCUAGACUCAUCCAGUGGUAGUAGUUAUACAGCCUGUGUUGUGAGAUGAAGACCACUGAGUUGCACGCCUGGAAAGAAUGAAGCUUCUGGUAAGUGAAUAAGGCUUCAGCCCAAUGACUUAAAUCCGAACCUGUUUAGACGCAGUCUGUGUCUCCUGUCCAUCACCCCCGGGACAGAAUUUAUACAUGCAUGCAAGGUGGGUGCACAUUCCUCCCCUGACGCGGUUGCUACCCCUCUUCAUUCCAGCCUGCUCUGCCUCACCCCCUCUUCUGUCCUUCCUCAGAAGGACCUCUCUCAGCCUCUACUCUGGUAGGAAGUUCUUUCUACCUCAUGGUUAAUUUGGUCAUCAGGCAACAAGCACUGAUCCCAGUUUGUGGGUGAGGAAACUAAGAGAUAAAACAACUUACCCAAGGCAGUUUCACCAGUGGUUGUUGCAACUGAAGCCCCAGCAUGGCUUCAGAACCCAUGUCAUGGACCACUUUGCUGAGUGACCUUCUGUAUCCUCCCAGGAUGUCCCCCUCCUAAUCUUGGGAGCCUGUGAUGUUCCUUACAUAGCAGAUGGGAUUAAGUCUCUUGAGAUGCAGUGACAACCCUGGAUUUUGAGAGUCACAACUAUCUUUAUGAGAAAGAUAUAUGGAUUGAUUAUGGCGCAGGGAGAGGCUCCGUGCUGGGUCUGAGGACGGAGGGAGAGGCCAUAGCCAGGGAGGGUGAUUUAGAGGUGAAAGGGGCCUGAAAUGGGUUCUCUUAAUGCUCAAGAGAGAGUAGUGGAGCUGUGUGCACCACUUGGUUUCUUUGCAUUGGUGGUGCUUUAGAUUUCAUCCCCAAACUAUAAAAGAAUGUGUGUUGCUAUAAGUCACAUUUGUGGUAAUUGGUCACAACAGCCACAGAAUGCAAAUGUGCUUUCCCUUCCGGUUGAAGCUCAUCAGCUGUUCCCAUCCCACAGCGAUGGCUUGCCUGGUUCUGCGACCUAGGGAUGUUCCUACCGGCUCUGGCUUUGGAGCCCAUCUCUGCCCUGCCUCUGCUCACUCUGACCCUGGGCCUCUUCUCUUCCUCCCUCCCUCACCAGUUGCUUCCAGACAGGCACCAUCUCUGGAACAUCACAGAGAAGGAAACUGAGACGUGACAAGGAACAGUUCCACGCCCAAGUUCCCCCAAGCAAAAGGCACUCAAGGAAGGAAGGCACUCCCACGGAAGCAGCCCCCUGGAUGCCAACCCCAGCACCCAUCUGAGUUCCUGAAGAGUUCGACACUCCCUGGAGGGCCUGGGCUUUAGGGAAACCUGAGAGCAAAUUCCAAACCAAUAAGAGCAAAUAAAUGAGGGGUGAUUACUGACAAUAGGAGAGGGGACACAGCGGGGUGCCUCCAAAUAGCAUCUCUUCCAGUGCGGUUUAAGUGCUUUAUAGGUCAUUAACUACUUGACAGCGAGAGCCUGACACUUAAAGCAACGAAUUUGGUGCCUCUGCCAGGGAAAAUCAAUCAGAAAUGAAGACGGAGCAUCAGCAGCCUUAAGAUGUACUGGGUGGGCAAACAGGGAUUCGAUUUGCACAUAAUUUUAAGGGCCGCUCCAUUGUUGUAAAUUGAGGCACACCGGCGUUUGAGGUCAUUUAUAAAUCCGGAACUAGAGUUUAGAAAUACGUAGCCUUCCCCUCGGUGAGUUCCCCGCUCCUCGUCAAUGCAAUAUUUCAAAGAUGCGGAAAUGCAGAGACGAGCACAAGCAUUAAGACUCACCGCCCGGCUGU